AUUGCUAAACGAAGAGCAAAAACUUUUCCCGAGUGUUUUCCUUUCUCCUUUGAUGCUGAUAGCAGUGUGCUACAUUUGGGAGAAAACGCAAGUUAUAGCAGAUUUUUCGCUGAUUGGAAAAUUAUCAUAAUUUGAAAAAGAUUUAGCUACAAUCCGGAUAGAUUCAACGCCUAAGACAAUAAUGUUUAUGUUACUGCAAGAAAAGUCAUUCGAGUGUUUGUAAUUCAAUAUGCGACACAUCGGCAAUCAGCGAGAAGCGGAAGUCGUAAUCAAAUUGUACACUUGAAUCACAUCCCGAAGUAAUCGGAUUCUACUCGGUACGGGUGCUGACUACUCAAGGACACAGCAGAGCAAUGGAAACAGAAAACAGUUCCAAGUAUCAAAAACUGGCGACUGAAUAUUCCAAGUUGAGAGCACAGGCAAGUGUACUGAAACGUGCCGUGCUGGAAGAGCAGAACAAAAACGCCGUUCUGCGUGAAUCGCUCCGGCUGAAGGAGGCCAACAUGCGAAAGUCUGAGCAGGAAGUGGACAGUCUUGGCUUCCGAAACAAACAGCUAGAACGAAGAGUCGCUGCCCUGCAGGAGAACAUCGAGCAGGAGUUGAAAAAAGGUGCCCCCAAAGGACAAAAAUCGAAAACAAGCAACGAGACCAAUUCCACCACUGUUACCGAUGCAAAAGUGAUUACCGAGGAACUGCAGAAGAAGAUAUUGGACAAUGCUCAUCUGGCAACUUUGUUGGAUGAUAAGAAUGCAGAGAUUAGACUGUGUCAGGUGCGUUUGGAUGGGCUCAAUCGAGAACUACAGCAACAGGUCUCGGUAGAACAAAAGCUGAGGAAAGAGAUUGAGAUACUGACCCUUAGAAAUACGGAACUUGAGGCGAAGGUGUCGGAAGCUACCAGCACGAUCGGUAGCGAAGAUGGUUUGAGUGUGAUGGCCGAUAUGGAAACGCACUAUAGCAAUCACUUCAGUAGUAACUCUAGCCAGGUAACGAAUGCGGGUGCUGGUGGUCCGGUAGUGGUCAAUCACAACAAUAACAACAACAAUACUGCCGGAAAUAAUCAUCAUAGUGAUGAUCGGAUAGUAUUCCUUGAGAAGGAAUUGUGUCACUGGAGGGCCCAAUAUGAGCUGCUUAAGAUUGAGUCCACUAGUCACCAGCGGGCGGCGGAAGAUACUGUCAGGAAGGUUGAAUCGUCUGACGAGUCUGCUGAGAUAAACCCGGAAGACAAUCAGACUCAAAGUGAGUAUCGUACUCGAGAGCAGAAAUUGACGGAGUGCUUCACCAAAAGUAUCGGAGGGCUAUUCCAUGACAAAUGUCGAGCCGAAUCCAAGCUGACAUCGCAUUUAUUAGAGUCUCAAAGACUGCAAUCUCACCUGGACAUAACGAAGAAUCGUCUGAAAGAGAGCGAGGAGGCUAAACGGGAUGAGGAGCAGCGCUAUCGAAUCAUCGAGGAUGAACUGGCACGUACUCGUCUAAACUACGAGGAACAAAUCAGCGUGCUGACAGAGCAGGUGAUUAGCUUGAGUGACCAGCUGGCCAAUUGCAAAUAAGAUGGCGCUAGGAUAUUACCCUGUUUUUAUAGUCUAGCUGGAAGCACCCUCUGGUCGCGGUGCUCCAGCACAAAGAAAGUCUUCGUCGAGUUAAACACACAAGGGGCGUGAAAUUGUUGACUAGUUUUGUCCGAAAAAGAAAGGAUUAAUAUAGGAUUCCUUGAGAGUAAAUAACUAUUUGGUAGAGUAUUAUCUUUUUUUUCGAUGCUAUGCGUGUAAAAAACAUUAAUAUAUAAAAAAAUUGUCGGUGAAAAUAUUCAAAUGACGAAUAAGAAAUAAAAUGUGAGACGUUUUGUGUUAUUUAAA